GGUGGCAAACGGUGAGAUUUCUUCCAUAAUCAGGCAUCACAUUCUUUUGCCAUAGUUUUCUUUUAUUUUUGCCAUCACACCUGCUUCUGUCUAUAAAGGAGCUUAGACAGAAAUGAGGUUGUUGAGAUUUGGAGAUGGCUGAAAGAGAUGAAAUUGGAAAAGAAAGCAUGAAAGAGAAUGGACAUAGAACUUACAGAAAAUAGAAUGUCUUUUGAGGUGGUUUAGUCAUGUUUAUGCUCAAAUUAUUGUGUUAGAUUUGCAGGAGAUAAUAUAACAAGCAGAUAGAGACACAAGCAAUGCAUUUAAGAUGAUUUAAUGCUACUUGCUAAAUGAGGUGAAUGAAUCCAUUGAUUUUUGCAUUAGUUGGUAGAUUUGCGUUUAUUAUUGUUGCCAGUGCUUUUCUCAUUUUUGUUGUUCUCUUCAUGAAAGCUAUGAUGAUAGUCUGAGUUUCUCAUUAAUAAGGGAUUGUGUCAUAAAUAAAUACCUGAAAUAAGGCUGCGUACUGAUGAUUCAUUUUAGUGUAAUUUGGCUAGAAGUUAAGUUAAUUUAUCAAGAAUCUAGAGAGCUCUUAAGACCCUACACGGAAGUGUAUAACUCUCUCAAGGUUAUGCCUGUCUCGCACAAUUCAUGUUAGUUCUCCAUUGAGGACUAGGGAGGCAUGCCUGACAGCUCUAGAAACUCUCCAAACUUCGUGUUGCACCAAAUGCCACCAUGACUCGGCAGUAUUGAGCUUCUUUGACUUUUCAAUUGCAUCUUCUAUUCCUGGAAAGGAUGUAGAUCCGUAAUCAUUGUGCCUUGAGGGCGCAUAAAUCUGCAUGCCAUAAAAGUAGGUAAUUUAGUCCAUUCUGUUAUAAUUAUGAUAUUGAAUUAUAUAUUUCUUGAGUUCUCCAUCUUGUGGUUUUGAUAUUUAACUUGAUUGUGUAAUGAAUUAAUUGAAAACAAAACAUUAGUACGGUGAAAUUAACUUGUUUAGGUGAAUGUAGUUAACAACAACUAAGUGUUUGUACCAUGGCCUUCUAAGAAGUUCAUCAUGGUCCAUAAGUGCACAUUCUGCCAUCGUUAGUCUGUCAUUUAGCUCUCGCACUUUGACAUGGUCACUUCUCCGCAUUGAUGUCCAACCUUUAGCUUCUUUUAUUUCCUAGACAAUAAUACUUCCAUUACUUGUUCUGCUGAACAUUGUUACUUUUUUCAUUUUCAAACUUGGUUUAUGGAAACUGUAGUGUUACCUUUUUCUGGUUAUUUAUCCUGCUGGCUGCUUUUGACAGCUCCCUAAUAGACUUGAACAAGGGAGAACAGGUUAUCCCCUUAUCUGAAAUCUUAUUUUCCAGGUCUUUUGCACUCUUCUGUUAUCAUGGAUUUUGUUAUACCGUAUUAAGCUUUAGUGGCUAAGCCCUAAAUCUUCCUGGUUUAUAGUGCAUUUAACUGCAUAUAGUUAUUUUUUUCCUAAAGGUUAGUUUACCUGGUGUUCAAAUGCAUGGGAAUGAUACUCAGAAGGCAAGAACUCCUUAUCUGCCAACCGAAGAGCUGCUAAACCCCAAACAUUUUGCCACUGUUUUUUUUAAACAAAAAAAGUUCUCGUUUUGUCAUUAAGUUGUUUGAGGUUAGUCUGUUUUAUUAAAUUUCUCUAAUAAUGAAAUGUUUUGACAAAAGCUAAAGUAAUUAAUCCACACUACAUAUCCUAUUUAUCAAAGUGCAUUUAGGAGUGUAGAGUAUUAAUGAGCAAUGACGAGGAAAAAACUUUAUACCAUUUGUUCAAGGAUUUCUAAUUGUUAGAUGCUGCUAUGUUCCUGCAAUGGGUCAAUGAAACAUUAAGUCACCAAAAUUUUCCAUCCAGAUGUAGUCAUCAUACAUUGAAUGAUAUACCAGGUAUUCUGCACGGACAAUUACUUCUAUUAGGCAUGAAACAUGGGAAAACUUGAUGCCAUCAUAUGUCUGCGUCUACUAUGGUAAUGGUUGCAAAAUUCUGGGGUUUCAAAGUUGUAUCCAAGGUAAAGGGCUUAAGGCAUUAGAAAAAAUUUUGAAGUUGAAGUACCUUGCGAUGAGAUUUAUUUUUCAGAGAGGGCCGGGGGGCGCUGGACAAGGCCAGACAUUAUGCCAUACCAAAGGAAUCAGACUCAAAAUUUCUAGAGGGAAGCUCAAGCAAUCAACCAUUAAUAUGACAGGAACCCAAGUAUCAGAGCAGCAGUUCAUGCAGUGGGUCAAAUUUGUUGGUAGCCUUAAACACUCAGUUUUCAGGACAGCAAAGAACAAGCUUUUCCCUUCUAAUACUAUCAUUGUGGACAAGAAUCCGGCGGCUGGAGACUUCACCACAAUUCAGGAUGCCAUUGAUUCUCUUCCUUCCAUAAAUCUUGUGAGAGUGGUUAUCAAGGUCAAUGCAGGGGUUUACACGGAGAAGGUUAACAUACCGCCAUUGAAAUCCUUCAUAACCAUUGAAGGAGCAGGAGCAGAUAAAACAAUUGUUCAAUGGGGAGACACAGCUCAAACACCUGGGCCAAGAGGACAACCUUUGGGAACCUAUGGUUCUGCAACUUUUGCUGUGAAUUCCCCUUAUUUUAUUGCCAAAAACAUUACAUUCAAGAACACUACACCAGUUCCACCACCAGGAGCAGUUGGAAAGCAAGCUGUUGCAUUUAGAAUAUCAGCAGAUACAGCUACUUUCUUGGGCUGUAAUUUCAUGGGAGCUCAGGACACUCUCUAUGAUCACUUGGGUAGGCAUUAUUAUAAGGAUUGUUACAUUGAAGGUUCUGUGGAUUUUAUCUUUGGCAAUGCUCUCUCCCUCUUUGAGGGAUGUCACGUGCAUGCAAUAGCAAGGUUAACAGGGGCCGUAACAGCACAAGGCAGAGGGAGUGCCUUAGAGGACACAGGCUUCUCUUUUGUAAACUGUAAGGUCACGGGCUCCGGAGCUCUAUACCUAGGGAGGGCAUGGGGUCCUUUCUCCAGGGUGGUCUUUGCUUAUACUUACAUGGACGACAUUAUCAUUCCUAAGGGCUGGUAUAACUGGGGCGACCCUAGCCGUGAAAUGACUGUGUUUUAUGGGCAGUAUAAAUGCACUGGACCUGGAGCAAGCUUUGCAGGCAGGGUUUCAUGGUCAAGAGAACUUACAGAUGAGGAAGCCAAACCUUUUAUUUCUCUUAGUUUCAUUGAUGGGUCAGAAUGGAUCAAAUUAUAAUCAUCAAAUUUGUUCAUGUAUAAUGUAUACCAACAAACAAAAAGUAUUUCUUUGUACAAGCCAUAAUGAUGAUAGUUUUGAUCUAUUGUAGGACGAUAAUCACGACAAUUCUUCAUUUAUUU